UCGUCCAUCUUUCCGCUGUAUUCGGUGCCUUGCAUUCGAGGCGGACGGCCGUCAUUUCGUGUUUGUUCAAACAGUUCAACAAAAAGGAGGAUCUGCUUCAAGAUGCAAUCUCUGCGCAAAACUACCACCUGGAUGAUUCCCAGCGGAAUGAGAAUCGCUCGCAUGAGCGCCGGCGAGAUGGGCAGCGGUGCUGGCAAGGGAGGCGGUGGCGGUGGAUCGAUCCGUGAAGCCGGCGGUUCCUUCGGCAAGAUGGAGGUUGCCCACGAGGAGGAGUAUUUCUACAAGCAGCGCCAGGAGCAGCUGGCCAAGCUGAAGCAGAAAGCCAUCAACCAGGAAGACUUCCACUCGGAAUCGAUCAAACAUCACGAAGAGGCGAUCGCACGCCACAAGAAAGCGAUCGAGCAGCUGAAGAAGUAAAUCAAGCUUCACUCGUUUGGAGCGCGAUCGAGAGUGAUAUCAUCACGCAUCACACAUAUCAUGAUCGUACCAUGAGUACUUAACACGUUUGUGCGGCGUCUGUGUCUUGUAUGUGCAUUUGUUUGCAUGGUAAAGGAAGGUGAACAUGUUUGUAGUAUUAUCCCCCAACCAAUGCCUUUGUACUCUCCUGUCCCCCGAAGAACGUAGUGGUGAUGGUUUUCAGAUGACAGUUUGUUAGAAUAAAUUAGAGAGUUCAAUCAUCAUUUUAA